CCUAAUUCUGUGAUUCUCUCCUUCUUCAUAGCAAUGCUUUCUUUUAUUCAAUCUCCAACAACUCCAUUCAAACCCUUAUUCAAUUUCAAAACCCUAGAACCCACUAAACCCUAUUUCUCAAAACCCAUCCAGUCGGUCCUCCAAUGGAACAGAAAGCCCCAAUUAGCCGGCGAAACUCCCCGCGUCGUCGUUAUCACCUCCGGUAAAGGCGGAGUCGGUAAAACUACCACCACCGCUAAUGUCGGUCUCUCAUUAGCCCGAUUCGGCUUCUCCGUCGUGGCCAUCGACGCAGACGUGGGCCUCCGCAACCUCGACCUUCUCCUCGGCCUGGAAAAUCGUGUCAACUACACUGUCGUGGAGGUUCUCAACGGCGACUGCCGUCUCGAUCAGGCUUUGGUUCGCGACAAGCGGUGGUCGAACUUCGAACUACUCUGCAUUUCGAAGCCAAGAUCGAAACUUCCAUUAGGGUUUGGAGGCAAAGCUUUGGUUUGGCUAGUCGAGGCUUUAAAAUCAAGAGAAGAAGGUAGUCCUGAUUUCAUUAUAAUUGAUUGUCCUGCCGGCAUUGACGCCGGUUUUAUAACGGCGAUAACACCGGCUAAUGAAGCGGUGCUAGUAACAACUCCGGAUAUAACGAGUUUACGAGACGCUGAUAGAGUAACGGGGCUGUUAGAAUGUGACGGAAUAAGGGAUAUAAAAAUGAUGGUUAAUAGAGUGAGGACCGAUAUGAUUAAAGGAGAGGAUAUGAUGUCGGUUUUAGAUGUGCAAGAGAUGUUGGGGUUGGCUUUAUUGGGUGUAAUUCCUGAGGAUUCAGAAGUUAUAAGGAGUACAAAUAGGGGGUAUCCUCUUGUUUUGAACAAGCCGCCUACGCUUGCUGGGUUGGCAUUUGAGCAGGCAGCGUGGCGGCUCGUUGAGCAGGAUAGUAUGAAAGCUGUUAUGAUGGAGGAGGAGCCCAAGAAACGCGGGUUUUUCUCCUUUUUUGGAGGUUAAUAAUGAUGAUUUUUUGUUGAGUUGGUAAUGUGCUUAGUGUUUUGUACAGUGGGCAAGUAAUGUUUGCUUAUACAAUUUUAGUGAUCAUAAUGAUUCUUGUGUUAGUUUUAGGGGUGUUACCUGCAUUUUUUAGAUUUGGGAUUUUACUCCCAAUUUUGCUGAUAUGAUAAUUGUGUUGGUGGGUUCAAUGUUUAAAUUUUGUAUCUACGAAAUCCAAACUGAAAUUGUUGGCUAUUGAACUUGGUGUAUUGCUAUUGCAAGUUCGU